AUGGGAAUCCUAACAUCCUUCGUCCAGAUGGCGUUGGCGCUAUUCUCAACGAUACCAUAUUUUAUAUGGAUCAUAGCGGUUCUGGGGGUCGCAGCAGCCUUUCUCUUCCGCCGCGGCGCCGAAAAACAUCAUAUCCGCUCCCCGGAAGCGGGGACCACCGAGAAGUCAACGCCGCCGCAGGUGGCCGACGACCCAGACGCGCCCGUCUCCGUAAACUACUUCCCGUCCCGCGAAUGCAACUACGCCUGCGGGUUCUGCUUCCACACCAACACCUCGGGCUACAUCCUCCCCUUGGACGACGCCAAGCGCGGCCUGCGCCUCCUCAAGGAGGCCGGCAUGCGCAAGCUCAACAUCGCCGGCGGAGAGCCGUUCUUGCACCCCAAGUUCCUUGGUGAUCUGCUGCGGUAUUGCAAAGAAGUCCUGGACCUGGAGAGUGUCAGCAUCGUCAGCAACGGGAGCAAGAUCCAGGAGAAGUUCCUCCGCGAGCACGGCCGGCACCUGGACAUCCUGGCCAUCUCGUGCGACUCAUUUGUUCGGGAGACGAACCGGGCGAUCGGGCGCGGGGAGAACGGCCAGGCUGACGGGGACCACGUGGCGCAGGUGUUUCGCAUCGCCGAGUGGUGCAGAGAAUACGGCAUCAUGUUCAAGCUCAACACCGUCGUCAACAUUCACAACUGGGACGAGGACAUGACGGCGCAGAUUGCGGAGCUGGCCCCGUUCCGCUGGAAGGUUUUCCAGUGCUUGAUCGUCGAGGGAGAGAAUGAGGACGAGACCCGCGUGCGGGACGCUAGGAGAUUCCUUAUCUCCGAGGAGCAGUGGAAGACGUUCUGCGACAGGCAUAAACAUCUGCCGUGCUAUGUGCCAGAAGACAACCAGACCAUGGCCGGCAGCUAUCUGCUCUUGGACGAGCGUUUGCGCUUCCUCGACAAGGGUGAUGGGCCGAUGAAGAAGAGCGAUUCCCUGCUCGAUGUUGGGGUGAAAAAGGCCAUGCAGCAAGUUGCGUGGGACAAGGGAGCCUUUGACAAGAGAGGAGGGGUUUAUGAGUGGCGGAAACCACAGAAUGUUGGCGACAACGGGGGCUGUAGCGGUGGUAAUAAGAAGGAGCUGGAGUGGUAG